AUGGCAGCCUCCGGAGACCUCAUCAACUUCGACAUCAUCGAGGCCCAGAAGGAGAACAUCCAGGCCCUCCCUAGUGGCCGCUCCGCAAAGAAGCUGGCCGAGGCCUUCUCCCCGUCACCACUCCACAAGCUGUCAACACCAACACCAACAGGCAGCAAGAACGUCACAGAUUGCAUUCGCGCCGAGUACGAAGCCGAGAUCGCCAACAUCUCCGAAUCAGACGACCCGCUCGAUGUCUACGACCGUUACGUUCGAUGGACCUUUGACGCCUACCCCUCUGCCCAGGCGACGCCCCAGUCUCAGCUACACACUCUCCUCGAACGCGCCACCAAGGCCUUCAUCACAUCGGCCCAGUACAAGAAUGACCCGCGCUACCUGAAGCUGUGGAUCCUCUUUAUCCAGUUCUUCGCCGACGCGCCGCGCGAGACCUUCCUCUUCAUCUCCCGCCACAACAUUGGCGAGAGCCUCGCCCUGUUCUACGAAGAGUAUGCCGCCUGGCUCGAGAGCGCGGGCCGCUGGGCGCAGGCCGAGGAGGUGUACAAGCUGGGCAUCGAGCGCGGCGCCCGGCCCGAGCAGCGCCUGAUGCGCAAGUUCAACGAGUUUGAGCAGAGGCAAGCCGCCCAGGGCCCAGAGGUAACGGCCGCGCCCUCAUCACCGGCCCUGCCCGCCAUGCGACCGGCCCUCGCUGCCAAGGUCGACCCGUACGCCGCCGCCGCAGCGGCCGCCGCUGCUGCCGAAAACCCUCAGGCGCCACAACCCGGCCAAGGCGUUGGUGGCCCGACGGCCAAGCCUGGCAAGGCCAAGAUGGCCAUCUUCUCCGACGCCUCUGCCGAACCGUCGGCGCUGUCGGCGCGCCCGGCCAGCUCCGAGGGCUGGGACACGAUUGAUUCGCUCGCGAACCGGAAGAAGGAGAACGUCAUGCAGGCGAAGCCGUGGGUGGGCGAGACGAUGAAGGCGGGCGGCAAGAAGAGCAGCGCGCCCAAGAUGCAGAUCUUCAAGGAUACGUCCAAGCCAAAAGUAGCAGAAACACAUACCCUUGUGCCCUCGACCGAGCAGGUUGUGGUGAAUCCCGUGAGCGGCAAACGUGAGCGCGUUUUUGUUGACCUCGAGGCCGUCUACCCGGCGCCAGAGCUGCCGGGAUCUGAGUUGAGCUUUGAAGAAGUCUGGGCGAUGAACAGAGGCUGGCUGGACCAUUCAUGGGAGGAGGAUGUCAUGAUGGACACGCUGCCCGAAGAUGAUGUCGAGAACCUCGGCCACAUGGUGAAGGAGAAGCUGACCGUGUAUACGGAAACGGUGACCUUGGACGAGAAUGGAAACAUCCAGAAGAAGGGCAAGAGCAAAAAGAUGAGGACGAUGGAGUUCAACGAAACCCAAAUCAUCAAAGCGAACCUGGACUCGCCGUCAAAGCCGACCAAACUCAAGAAGAGGAAUGCGACCGCCGAGCCCACAAUGACCCUGCAUACCAAGGCAGCAACAGAUGACAUUUACGAGAUAUUCAACCAGCCUCUGAAGCCCACCCAGCCCCUGGAAGAAGAGGAAGAGGAUGAGGACGAAAGUGACGAAGACGACUAUGAGACGGAUGGAGACGGAGACUACACAAGCGGGGCAGAGAGCACCAUAACGACGACGCGACAAGUCGACACAAGUGAAGCCGGCGAGGAUGACGACGAUGAGCCAUCCGAUGUGAAAAGCGUCAGCGAAUGGUCUGACUUUUCGACUCGGAGACACGUGCCCGACAUUAACGAGGCCAACGAAGUUGAGGAGUCAAACGACACGCAGGUGUCCAACUUGAUUGAUAUCAAUGAAGACGAGGACUCGUUGCCUUCAUCGCGGGAGCCGACGAGACCCCGAGAGGAGGACGAGCAGGAGACCGACGAUUUGUACGAGGAGGACGACGAUGUGGAUGACGACUUGCAGACUCCCAUUGACGAAGACUAUCCGCCCAGGACGCAGACCGUCUUCGUCCCGAUUCCGCCAGAGGAUUAUGAGCCCAGAACGCGGCCUUAUCGGGACCCGGUCGAAGCCGCCAACAACCGCCUCCCCUUCAUGACGCCCAUCACAGAGAGGACGGAAUCCUCGCUUGGUGUCCUGACAGCUCGUAGGCCGCAAAUGUCACCCACCAAGAAGGACGACAACGAGGAGUCGGACGAUGAUGAUGGCGCCCGUGCGGAUCAGCUGUUCAGCAGCCCCCUGCGGGAGAUUUAUAACGAUGCGCAGCCCGCGAGGGUGCCUCAGCCGAUACUGGAGAAGCCCAAGCCCAAGCCUCUCGGCGCGAAGACGAUACCUCCCAAAGGACCCAUCAUCACAGAUCCUCAAUGCAACCCGGUGGAUGACGUGGUGCGGAAUGAAAUUCUAGCCAAGAUGCACCCGCCACUGAGCUCUUAUGCCGGAUUCUUCGACCACCAGGCAGAGAAGCAUGGAAAGGGAUCCGAAAUUCGCAAAGUAGCCAAGCUCAUGGCCAAGGCCAGGAGUAGUGGCGAGAGGACGAGCAACGCUUUCUCCGUCGUCGAAGUGGAGUUCCCUGACACGCCCACGACAUACACCAUUCGCAAGGAACUCGGUGCCGGCGCGUUCGCUCCCGUCUACCUCGUCGAAAACUCAACGGCCGAUCAGGAGGACGAGGAUCAAGAGAACAACGCCGUCGCGGUUAUGGGCAAAGGAGCGUUCGCCGUUCGCCAACGCGGCACCCUCGAGGCGCUCAAGAUGGAGCAGCCACCCAGUGCAUGGGAGUUCCACAUGAUCCGCCUCGCACAUUCUCGCGUAGGCCCCCAGCAUCGCGCGGCUGCCUCCCUAACGUACGCCCACGAGAUGCACCUCUACCAAGACGAGGGCUUCCUCUUGCUGCCGCUGCACCCGCACGGCUCGCUGCUCGACGUCGUCAACCUGUUCCGUGCCGAGCCCUCAGCUGUCAUGGAUGAGCAGCUCGGCAUGUUUUUCACCAUCGAGCUGCUGCGCACCAUCGAGGCGUUGCACGCGCGGGGGGUGCUGCACGGCGACCUCAAGCCAGACAACUGCCUGCUGCGCCUCGACAACGGCGAUGCCGCCAAUGCCGCGCCCCUGGCGACGCAGUACCGCGCCGACGGCACGGGUGGAUGGGCGGCGAGGGGCGUGGUGCUCAUCGAUUUCGGCCGGGGCAUCGACAUGCGCAACUUUGGGCCCGACACGCAGUUUGUCGCCGACUGGAAGACAGGGGCACACGACUGCGCCGAGAUGCGCGAGGGGCGGCCUUGGACUUGGCAGAUCGACUACCACGGCCUGGCCGGCGUCAUCUACUGCCUCCUGUUCGGGCGAUACAUUGAAACGGUACGGUGCGAUCAGGGCGGCAUCGGCGCCGGAGGGAGGCGGUACCGCAUCAAGGAGAGUCUGAAGCGGUACUGGCAGACGGAGAUCUGGGGAGAAUGCUUUGACCUGCUGCUCAACCCGGGGUCGUUCGUCGACGUGGAGGAGGGACAAAGAUGCCCAUCCUCCGGGGGUUGA